ACCGAACUAACCCAGUAAGUAGCUGGCAUAGCUCCAAAGCUACCCUGCCAGCUUCCUACUACUACUACAAUACACUAGGUACCCGGCCUACUUCAGACGGGACGGCAUAGAAAUUGAAGUCAGGGGUUGGCUACCAUUCAAGGUCUGCGACCAUUAGUCACUACUUACGCCUGCCUUAGAGUGUAUCGAAAUCUGCAUCUUUCUUCCUUCGACGACGUGGAGUCCUUGUCAAGCUUAGGGGUCCUGUGGAUCUUAGCCAACUGCAAUUAUAUAAUCGUUAACGAGGUAUACGAUGAUAUAGCAGCUCUAGACGUGCAUGCCCAGGUGCCUAGCCCAACAUCCAGGCAUAUAACAUUGCGAGAUCAUGCUGUCGGGUAGGCUAUACCUCUUCGUUGAUCAGUUCGAAAGUCGAUCAAUUUCUAUAUUCACUCAUUGGCAUCUUUGUCUUUUUUUAGACUACGUCUAAGCCAUUCUUUACCUCUCGGUGAGAGCAAGUAAGUAUCUUGAUACCUACGUUUUAUACUUCGUUCAAGACAUAUAUAUAUCUUGCUUCUUUCCACUUACAAUCACAAUCACAUCUCAUCCAACUCACCUCAAACUACCAACAACAUGUCUUCCACGAAGCUCUCUCCCCUAGUCGCGGCGCUUAUGUCCGCGGCCACCGUCGCCGCACACGGUCACGUUGACCACAUUGUUAUCGACGGUGUUAAUUAUCAAGGAUACGACCCUACUACCUUCCCAUACCAGGACAAUCCUCCCGUCGUCAUCGGUUGGACCACCGGUCAGGCCGACAAUGGAUUCGUUGAGCCCAACAGCUUCGGUAGCGCCGACAUCAUCUGCCACAAGUCAGCCUCCCCAGGUGGCGCCACCGCUCAAGUUAAGGCUGGCAGCAGCAUUGCCGUCACUUGGAAUACGUGGCCCGAAUCCCACAAAGGUCCUAUGAUAGAUUACCUAGCAUCUUGCAAGGGCUCUUGCGAGACUGUCGAUCCCGCCUCCCUAGAAUUCUUCAAGAUCGCCGAGGUUGGCUUGAUCGACGACUCUGUCACCAACGGCUUCUGGGGUUCCGAUCAGCUCAUGAAGGACGGCAACACCUGGAACGUUCAGAUUCCUGCCAACAUCGCCCCUGGCAACUACGUCCUUCGCCACGAGACCAUCUCUCUCCACAGCGCCGGCGAGGUCAACGGUGCUCAAGCCUAUCCCCAGUGCUUCAACCUCGAGGUCACUGGCUCCGGUACCGAAGUCCCAGCUGGUGUUGUGGGUACCAAGCUGUACACUGCCAACGACCCCGGUAUCUUGGUCAACAUCUACACCACCGGCCUCCAGUACACCAUCCCCGGCCCUGCUCUGAUCUCCGGCGCCGGCAUCGCCGCUCGGGACCCACAACAGGGGAACGAUACCUCCCCCGCUGAGGAGCCCCCCGUCAUCGAGAUCCCUGCGGGCGAGACCAACGGCACCGAAUUCGCAGCCGCCGAGCAGACCACCGUCAUCGUAGGCCCCGCGGCCACUGGCACCACCAUUGCCGGUCGGGCCCCGCAGGAGAGUUUGAGCGUCAUCAUCGAAGGCGCUGUCCCCACCACUCUUACCACGUUGACCCGAACCGUCAAUACGCCCACCACCACCGACAACACCGAGGACGACCCCCCUAUUAACACCGAAGAUACCACCAAAACCGCCAUCGCCGCCACCAUCGACGAGCCCCAGCCUACCAAUGACCAGCCUCCGCGCACCGACGGCCUCCUCGCCGCCACCGGCGGCCAGAACCAGCCCACCAACGGCUUCGCCGCCGCCACUAUCGGCGUACCCCAGCCCACCAAUGACCAACCCCAGCCCACUGUCGGCCUCCUCGCCACCGACGGCCAGAACGAGCCUACCGGCGGCCAGAACGAGCCCACCAACGGCCUCCUCGCCACCGGCGGCCAGAACGAGCCCACCAACGGCCUCCUCGCCACCGACGGCCAGAACGAGCCCACUGGCGGCCAGAACGAGCCCACCAAUGGCUUCGCCGCCGCCACCAUCAAUGUGCCCCAGCCCACCAAUGGCCAGCCCCAGCCCACCGUCGGCCUCCUCGCCACCGACGGCCAGAACGAGCCUACCGGCGGCUUCGCUGCCACUGCCACCACCCUCCAGCCCGUGGUCACGGCUGUCACAACCGCGAUCUAGGCCUUUUAUACCCAGUUGUUCAAAUAUGAGGAGUUCAACAAGGAAACGGUGUAAGAUGGACGAUGAUGAUGAGUGUACAGGAUUAUAGGAUAGGAUAAAUUGCGUCCGUAUGGUUCUUGUGUAUAUAACUACCUAGCUAGCAACCCGAGUUUGGGAUCGAGGUUUUUGUCGGCGCUUUUUCCUUUUUCCUUUUUUGGGGGUGCCGGCAGAAAUUUGGGUUCCGGGCGGGGGAGGCUUGGUUUUGUGUAUUUAGUAUGAUUUGAUACGGUUUCUAUUGAGCGAUACCUAUGUUAUCCC